AUGCAAGAUCGUUGGACCAACCACAGGCCUCACACCCCUCCGCUGACCUAUCGGAAUUUCACGCCGCUUAAUGUUCCACAGUCUGAAGUCUUGAUGCAAAUCCACAAUCGCAACUAUGUCAGGUGGACCGAGAAGAUGAAGUCGCAAAGCAACAAGAGGAACCGAGACACAUACUACGAGUUUCACAAGGACUACGACCGUGAUACAGAGAAUUGUUUUAACCUACUCAACCAUAUUGAAGAUCUAAUUUGGUGUGGUUAUCUCAGCGGCUUCAUAAACAGAACAGAGAAGUCAGCCCAAGAGGAAAGAAGAGUGGACGAAGCUCAGCAGCCUCCGCACCGUGGCCCCCCAGCCGGCGUCAUCCAUGUGAUAUCGGGAAGAAGCGCCUCCGAAGGGGAAAGCAGCUCGGGAGGGAAGAGAUAUGCUCGGCUGUGCAAGAUCGACAACCGAGGUCACAGGAGGAGGCACGACACAUCUAUUACGUUCACUGGCGAUGACCUCCGAGGAGUCCAGACACCGCACAACGAUGCCUUGGUCAUCACCGCCAAAGUGAUAAUUGCGAGCUACACUUCUGCUGACGUGUUGUUUGAAGAUGCAUUCGAAAAGCUCGGUAUCGCCAGAGAUUGGCUUGCACCAAUUAUCACUCCCUUGAUGGGAUUUUUAGGAGAAUCCCUCCAGCCCACUGGGAGGAUAACUCUUUCUUUCUUGAUCGGGGACGGCGAUGUAACUAUGACGGCCAUGGUAGAUUUCAUCGUGGUACGCUGCCCCUCCUCUUACAACGUGAUCCUCAGCAGUUCGACCCUCAAUGCCCUGCAGGUAGUAGUCUCAACAUAUCACCUCGCCAUGAAAUUUCCAACCAAGUAUGGCAUAGGGGUGGUGCGCGCAGAUCAGAAAACAAUGCAACAUUGCUAUCAGUUAUCCUGCCGAGGACCAUGUCCAGUGAUCGAGACAUUGGUGGCAGAAGCAUAUGACCUAUGCGACGAGGUAAUGGCACACCGCGGCCAACCUAUGGAAGACCUCGUCCAGGUCCCAUUGGUUGAAUAA